GAAUUCUAUAAAAGCGCAUUUGCGAUCAAUGUGAGAAACAAUUGAGUUCUAACCAUGCGAGCGAUUGCAGUGUUUGGUUUAUUUACAGUUUUUCUGGCCUUGAGCAAUGCUUAUGGCCAUGGCGGCGGAGGAUCAGGUGGACUGGGCUUGGGCACGGGCCUAGGUGGUGGCCUUGGACUUAGUUUAGGCGGAGACAAGGGCGGUUUGCUAGGCCUUGGAUUAGGCGGCAGCAGUAGCGCAAGUGCCAGUUCGUCGGCUUCUGCCGGUGGCGGUGGAGGAUAUGGCAGUGGCGGUGGCGGGUACGGUGGAGGUGGUGCAGGGGCUGGUGGUGCAGGUGCUGGCGGCGCAGGUGCCGGUGGCGCAGGAGCUGGUGGGCUUGGCCUCGGUCUCGGCCUAGGACUUGGCGGCGGAAUCGGUGGUGGUGGUGGCGCCGGCGGCGGUAAAGGCUUAUCUGGAGGUUAUGGAUCAGGCUCUGCUGGUGCAGAUGCUGGAAGCGGAUUAGGUGGAGGCAUAGGUGGUGGACAUGGCGGAGCUGGUGGUGGUGGCGGUGGACACGGAUCUGCAUCAUCAGGCAGUUCUGCCGAUGCUGGUGCUGGAGGUGGAUUCGGUGGUGGUGGUGCUGGCGGUGGAUUCGGUGGUGGUGGUGCUGGUGGUGGAUUCGGUGGUGGAGGUGCUGGUAGUGGUGGUGCUGGUGGCGCCGGUGGUUACGGUGGUGGACAAGGCGCAGCCGGAGGCCAUGGAUCAGGAUCUGCCGGUUCAAGUGGUGGCAUAGGAUUGGGCGGUGCAGGCGGCUUUGGAGGUGGACAAGGCGCGGGUGGUUUUGGCGGUGGUAAAGGCGCAGCCGGAGGCCAUGGAUCAGCUUCUGCAGGUGGUUCUGCCGGUGCAGGCGGUGGCAUUGGCCUCGGUGGGGCCGGUGGCCUCGGAGGAGGUGGUGGUGGUGGUGGUGGCGCUGGCGGUUAUGGUGGCGGUCAAGGCUCGGCCGGAGGUCAUGGAGCAGGAAUUGGCGGUGCUGGUGGUAUUGGACACGGACUCGGUGGUGGUGGUGCAGGCGGUUACGGUGGCGGUCAGGGCUCAGCCGGAGGUCACGGAUCAGGUUCUGCUGGUGGCGGCGCAGGUGGCUUUGGAGGUGGUCUUGGCGGUGCUGGUGGUUUUGGUGGUGAAGCCGGUGGUGGUGCCGGUGAUUAUGGUGGUGGACAAGGCUCAGCCGGAGGUCACGGAUCAGGCUCUGCUGGUGGCGGCGCAGGUGGCAUUGGAGGUGGACUUGGCGGCGCUGGUGGUUUUGGCGGCGGCAAAGGGGGAGCCGGAGGCCAUGGAUCUGCUUCAGCAGGUAGUUCUGCCGGUGCAGGCGCUGGAGGCGGAGGUGGAGGUGGAGCCGGUGGUGCUGGCGGUUACGGUGGCAGCCAAGGCGCAGGCGGCGGUCAUGGAGGCGGCGGUGCUGGUUUAGGUCUUGGUCUCGGUCUCGGCGGAGGCUUAGGUGGUGGUGGUGGUGGUUUUGGAGGCGCAGGAGGACACGGUAGUGCCGGAGGUUUUGGCGGUGGUCCUGGAGGUUUUGGCGGUGGUCCUGGAGGUUUUGGUGGUGGUGCUGGAGGUUUUGGCGGUGGUGCUGGAGGUUACGGCGGCGGAGCUGGAAAGGCCGGUGGUUACGGAGGCGGUGGUAGCCGUGGGGGUUACGGAGGCGGUGGUAGCCAUCGUGGUUACGGAGGUGGUGGUAGCCAUGGCGGCUAUGGUGCCGGCGGCUCAUCUUCAGCAUAUGCAUCAUCAUCAGCGUCAGCUUCAGCAUCAAGCGGUGCCAAAUCCGGCUAUCACGGCUAAAUUGAACACCAAGCAUUUCGCUAGAAUUAUCGAGAAUGUGACUUUUUGUAUUUUAAAAA